AUGACCAGCCCUGACAUGGCAAGGAACAAAUCCUACAAGGACCUGGACUCCCUCCUAGCGACUGUGCCAAAAGCGGACAAGUUGAUUGUCCUCGGUGACUCUAAUGCCGGCGUCGGCACAGACCAUGCUGCUUGGAAGAGAGUGCUGGGUCCCUAUGGUCUCGAUGGCUUCAACGACAAUGGCCUGCUCCUUCUACGAACCUGCGCAGUACACCAGAUCAUCCUACCCAACACAUUCUUCCGCCUCCCGAUGCGAGAGAAGACCACAUGGAUGCAUCCUCGGUCGCGACAUUGGCACCUGCUGGACAAUGUCCUCGUCCGGCGGUGAAGCCAGCAGGACGUGCCGGUGACAAAGGCGAUCUCGGGUGCCGAGGGGUAGACCGACCAUCGUCUCGUCAUCUCCAAUAUGCGGGUUCACCUACAGUCUCGCAGGAGACCUCAAGAUAAGCGACCCCCAGGUAAGCUAACUAUCGCUCUGUUGUCUUUGCCUGCUCAACGUCUCCAUUUCAGUAACGAGUCAGCUCAACCGCUAGACAAUCUCCCAGUCGCUGUUAGCUCCGCUGACGAGAACGCUUCCGUGGAGAACCGAUGGUGUCAACUGGAGGACACAGUCCAGUCGACGCCCCUGGCCGUCCUCGAUAGCGUAUGCCGCCAACAUCAGAACUGGUUCGAUGACAACGACACCGCCACCAGCAACCUGCUUGCCGAGGAGAACCGCCUGCACAAAGCCUAUGUCAACCACCCCACCGACGACAACAGAGCAGCCUUCUUCCAUAGUCGCCGCCUUGUGCAAUAG